AUGACUCAAGGCGAUAUUCAAACUGUUAAGACUUCAAAGGGUCAAGAAGUGAAAGUUCACACACAUCUCUUUAUCAAUAAUGAAUUUGUUCCUGGUCAUGGUCCCUUAAUUGAAACCAUUAAUCCUGCCACUGAAGAAGUUAUCUGCUCUGUUCACUCUGCUGAUGAAUCCGAUGUGGAUGCCGCUGUUCAAGCUGCCAAAAAUGCUUAUAAGGACACAUGGCGCAAGUUAGCUCCUGCAGAACGUGGCCGUCUCAUCCACAAAUUGGCAGACCUUAUGGAACGAGAUAAGGAAGAAAUAGCUACUUUGGAUGCUUUGGAUAAUGGCAAAGCCUUUUGGAUUGCUCGUGAUGUUGAUGUUACUGACUCCAUUGCUUGUUUCCGCUAUUUUGCUGGUUGGGCUGAUAAAAUCCAUGGUAAAACCAUUGAUACCACUUUUGACAAGAUGUGCUAUACUCGUCAUGAAGCCCUCGGUGUCGUGGGCGCUGUUAUUCCAUGGAACUAUCCCACAAUGAUGGCUGUUUGGAAAUUUGCACCUGCUUUAGCAGCUGGUAACACAAUUGUCAUGAAGACUUCGGAAAUCACACCUUUGCCUUUAUACAAACUUGCUGAACUUUUCCAGGAAGCCGGUUUCCCUGCUGGUGUUGUUAACAUUAUCACUGGCUAUGGCGCUACUACGGGUGCUUAUCUCAGUAGCCACAAGGGCAUUAGCAAAAUGGCUUUCACAGGCUCUACCCUUACUGGUCGUAAGAUUAUGGAAGGUAGUGCCGGUAGCAAUCUUAAGAAACUCCAGCUCGAGCUCGGCGGCAAAUCCGCUCAAAUUGUUUGCGCUGAUGCUGAUCUUGCCAACGCUGCUGUUCAUGCUCAUGGUGGUAUUUUCAACAACCAUGGUCAAAGUUGUAAUGCUGGUAGCCGUAUUCUUGUCCAAGAAGAAGUCUAUGACAAAUUCUUGGAAUUAUUUAUUGCUGAAACCAAAAAGAUCGUAUUGGGUGAUCCUUUCAAUGAUGAUACCUUCCAAGGCCCUCAAAUCAACAAGGCUCAAUUCGAAAAGAUUCUCAACUAUAUCAAGAUUGGCCAAGACGAAGGCGCUACUGUCGCUUUGGGCGGUAAGCGCUGGGGUGAUAAGGGUUAUUUCAUUGAGCCGACUAUUUUGACCAACUGUAAGAACAACAUGCGUGUGAUGCAAGAGGAAAUCUUUGGCCCAGUGGUGUGUAUCGCUACUUUUAAAACCAUUGAAGAAGCUAUUGAAAUGGCCAAUGAUUCAGAUUACGGUUUGGCAGGCGGUGUUUAUACCUCCAAUUUGGAUACUGCUAUUACUGUCACUAAUGAGUUGCAAGCUGGUACUGUCUGGGUCAAUUGCUUUGAUGUCUUUGACCAAUCUACGCCUUUUGGUGGUUAUAAGCAAUCUGGUUUUGGUAAGGAACUCGGUAAAUAUGCUCUCCAGGAAUAUACCCAAGUGAAGGUAGUCAAAAUCCAAAGACUUGGCUUGUAA